GAUUCACUCGCGCGCACAGUCGAGACUCAACCCAAACGCGCUCACAUAUAUAUCUGUAUCUGUAUAACACGACACUGACGAGCGAUAUAUCAGGACUGUAAUCGAUCGAUCAGAGGAAUAAAAGAAACUGCAGCACAUCCACACCGGAUUCAGUUCAUCUAUUUCUGCGAGAAUUCAACAGUGUGCAGCAUGGAGCCUAUUCUAACUGGAUUCAGAAACACGCUGAAGCGUCAGGCAGCGUUCGAGAUGUAUGAAGACCCCAUGUCUCUGUUCUCGAGCGUCUAUCCGGUAGAGGAGGAGCAGGCGGCGCAGGAGGUCCCGUCCGGCCUGGACUGCUUCUCUCAGGAUGCUGGCGUGUGUUCGGUGCCUCUGCUGACGCCCUGCAGUAAAGCCGUGGUGAGUCAGGCGCUGAAGGACAGCUUUAACGGCUUCUCUAAGGUCCAGCGCAUCUGUGGCAUCUCCAACAACCCCCGUAAGUGGACCAAGCAGCAUGUGUCGCAGUGGCUGUUCUGGGCGUCCGGAGAGUUCAGUCUGACCAACAUCAACUUCUUUAAGUUCGACAUGAGCGGACAGGAGCUGUGCGACCUGGGAAAGGACGGAUUCCUGGAUCUGGCUCCAGAUUUCGUGGGCGAUAUUCUGUGGGAACACCUGGAGCAGAUGAUGAGAGCUUGUCAGGAGGGAGACGAGGUUAAAGUCUUGAGUCGGCCGUCUGAGUGCGGCUGGACGAGCAGCAGCUCCAGCAGUCUCAGUCUGGAGGAAUGUACUUUGAAGGUUCCUGAUAAUCGCAGCAGUCUCCUCCGAGAGCUCUUCGAGAUUUCUGAUGAUUCGGCCCUGUUGGCAUCUGGUCAGGAGCUCUCCAUGUAUUCCAAACCUCAGCUCAGCACCGUCAGCGUCAGCUAUAUGAGUCAGGAGUCCUCCGGCGCUAAAGCUGCUCAGCGUCUCAAUACAAAAGUCUCAUCACGUGAGCAGACGUCGGUGGAGAGCCUGGAGAACGCGGAGGGCUCCGAGUGCGUCCUGCGCUCCUGGGGAAGCCAUUCGUCCCUUGCUGACGCCCAGCGCGUCCCGUCCUACGACAGCUUUGAGGAGGAGUUCGGAGCGGCUCCGCUGGGUCUGAGCAAACAGGGACUGUCCUUCAAAGACUACGUUCAGGAGAGGAACGAGCCGCUGGAGCAGGGCAAACCCGUCAUCCCCGCCGCGGUGCUCGCUGGAUUCACCGGAAGUGGCCCCAUUCAGCUGUGGCAGUUCCUUCUGGAGCUGUUGACCGAUACGAACUGUCAGAGCAUCAUCAGCUGGACGGGCGACGGCUGGGAGUUCAAACUCACCGACCCCGACGAGGUGGCCCGUCGCUGGGGAAAGAGGAAGAACAAGCCGAAGAUGAACUACGAGAAGCUGAGUCGAGGCCUGCGCUACUACUACGACAAGAACAUCAUCCACAAGACGUCGGGGAAGCGUUACGUCUACCGCUUCGUCUGCGACCUGCAGAAUCUGCUGGGCUACACGGUGGAGGAGCUGCACAGCAUGCUGGGAGUCCAGCCGGACACCGAGGACUGAAGCGAGAGCCGAACCCUCUGAAGUCGCGGUGCAGACCUCUCUGAAGGUCUCUGUUUGUGUUGAACGGCCGUAGCGUUGAGCGUCUCUCGCUGCGGUUCUUCAGUCUGCGGUCAGCUGAGAACACUUUCCUCUGGAUCUGAUCAUUUGACUCUGCGUUCUCUGAACCAGGUGAUUCCUGUAAUAAUGUAGAUUAACGAAGAGGCGCGAGCCGGAAGCCUUGGACACUGAGAGAGUUUAUUUUCUGAUGUAAGGACACGGCCGGGAUUGCCUUAUCCGAGAUGUUCCUGUGUUUGAGAAUCAGCGCUUUAUUAUUGAGAACAGGUUUGAAAUCGCAUCAGGUCGCCUUUCAGAAGGAGAGAGCAUUAUUAACAAUCACUCUGAACUUUGAUUUUGCUUUGAUUUAUAUAUCAGAUAUUGAUCCUGGAUCUGCUUCUGUUUUUCCUCAUAUUCCUGUAUAUUUUGUGAGCGUUUCAGUAGAAACGAUUGUACAUGAGAUGAUGUGAUGUUUAUUUAUUUGAGAAUAUAGCUGGUCUAUGGAGGUGUAAUUAUGGACUGUUUUCGCUCAGGCCAAAGGGACGUGGAGAUUUGACGUCUGAAUGUUUACGUUUGUUUACCAAAGUUAAGGAAUCUCAGCACGGUAAACUGCAUGUUAUCUGGUGCAGAACACAAAGCCGCUGUAAUCGUCAGUGAAUGUUUGCUUUCGUUUCGCACAGCGAUGAAUGUCUCGUUCUGUUCUCACGCCACUUUCCGGAUCAGGACGACUGUUGGUCUGUAAAUUUAUGCUGUACAUUUAUCUGCGUUACUGUAGACCCAGCUGACAAAAAAUAAGGUCUGAGAACGUUUUUCUAACGUUAUGAAAACGUUAUUUCUCUCAACAUUCAAAACGUCUAUUUUUUAAAUGUUUUAAAAACGUUUUUUUUUGUUUAUGUGAGCAUUAAGGGAACAUUUAAGAUAACGCUGAAUGCACGUUCUAUUAACGUUACUGGAAGAACGUUUGUUUAACUCUGAAAGAACCUUGCCAGAACGUUCCCUGUUCUCUGGGGAGAUGAUUAUUAUUCUCAUAAUUUAUACAGAAUUAAUGUGAUGAUUCAUCACUGCAUCUGUAAGUGUUUAUAUGUGUGUAUUUGAUUGUUUUUCUAUAUACAGUUGCUCUUCAGAGCAGGAUUAUUUACAGAUGAUCUACAAACGAGAGAUUUAUUAAUAAGCUGAAGUGUUUCUAGGGAGGAUCGUCUGAAUCAUUCAGUCUUGAUUAUCAAACUUUUAUUAGUCAAACCAGUGAUAUUUGUGCCUCUGAUUUACACCGGUGGAAACAUGUUCACCAGGAAUGUGUGUGUGUGUGUGUGUGUGUGUGUGUGUGUGUGUGUGUGUGUGUGUGUGUGUGUGUCUGACUCAUGAGAAUCUGUCCAGACGUGUAUCUUUAUGUCAUUAACACACUGAACGGUUUAAUAUCUCUGUGAAACACAACAAAUAAAUUCUUGUUAAAUGA